AUGGAGCAGACCUGUGAAGAAAUCGAUGAAAUGUUUAGCAAUCUGCUGGGCGAGAUGGACCUCCUAACACAGAGCCUGGCUGUUGAAACCCCUCCACCCCCCACAACCACCAUGGCCAGUACAGACAGCAACCUUUUAUUUGGUUUUAAAGAUUUUGAGUCAAUAAACGCUCUAGAAGACAAUGAUCUGGAUGCAUUAAUGGCCGAACUUCUGGCAGACUGCAAAGAUGCUGAAAUGAAAGUGAACAACCAGAGCUACAACAGCACAGCUUCCGUCUCCAAUAUUGACACGUUUGCAUACAAUAUUCCUGAUUUUACACAUGAUCUGCCCACUGGUUCCACAGAUGAUAUGUCCUACCUACCGCCACCGCCCGCUAGUGAAUGGGACAUGGAUCUCCCACCUCCACCACCUGAUCCUGAGGUGCCAACAGCAAAGGCUAAUUUAGAGUCAAAAGACAAAGUGGACCAAAUCAUGCUUGCUUUGGACAAAAUGAAGGAAGCCAAAGUUAAAAAGCUAAUUGUUAAGAUACACAUGACUGAUAACAGCACAAAGACCUUGAUGGUGGACGAGCGUCAAACAGUCCGUGAUAUCCUGGACAACCUAUUUGAGAAAACCCACUGUGACUGCACCAUCGAGUGGUGUCUGUAUGAAGAAAGCCCAGAGCUGCAGAUUGAGAGGUUCUUUGAAGACCAUGAAAACAUAGUGGAAAUCUUAUCCGUCUGGACGAGAGACAGUGAGAACAAAAUCCGCUUCCUAAAGAAAAAUGAAAAAUAUGCCGUUUUUAAGAACCCUCAGAACUUCUACAUGACCAGAAAAGGAAGUGCAGAUAUGAAGGACAUGAAUGAGAAGAAUAAAGUGUCUUUGCUGGAGCAAAGUUUCUGUGGUCCCUCCAUUGUUGUGCCGGAACUUGAAGCAGCAAUAUAUUUGAAAGAAGACGGGAAGAAAUCCUGGAAAAAACGAUAUUUCCUUCUGCGCGCUUCUGGAAUUUAUUAUGUACCGAAAGGGAAGACAAAGACAUCUCGUGAUCUGGCCUGUUUUAUACAGUUUGAUAAUGUCAAUGUUUAUUAUGGCAUGCAGUUUAAAGUCAAAUACAAAGCUCCGACGGACCACUGCUUUGUCCUGAAGCAUCCACAAAUUCAGAAGGAAUCACAGUAUGUUAAGUAUCUGUGCUGUGACGAACCAUGGAUUCUCCACCAAUGGGUUACUGGCAUCAGAAUCGCCAAGUUUGGGAAGGUUUUGUAUGACAACUACAAGUCUGCCAUCCACAAAGCAGGUCUGGCCUCUCGGUGGUCAACGCUCAGCAAUUCCUCAGCACCAAGUACAACAGGGGCAUCUCAGGGGAAUGGACAGAUAUCCCAAAAUGUAGCCAGUGUUAGUUCAAGCUUCUCAGAUGCCUGGAAACGUGGUGAAACAGCUAAGGAUAAGCAGCAACCCGCUGAGGUCAGGAAACCUGAGCAGAAAAUCUCACUUCCAACAUCAACCAAACUGCCUCCACCUCCACCCACCCGAGGGUCAUUCAAUACCCAUGCGGCUGCCACACCACCAUUACCGUUAAAAGCCAAGCCAGCAAUCAACAUGCUGCCACCACCACCAGAAGCCUUCCUAGAGGAGGAUGAUUUCCUGCCUCCUCCUCCUCCUCCUGAAUUCCUGGAUACUCCUCCUGAUUUUUUACCUCCACCACCUCCAUCUUUUAACUCCGAAAGAGAUUACCCUGCUCCUCCUCAAUUCCCAAAUAUAGGAAGCACUGGAGGAGCACCACCUCCUCCCCCUCCCCUACCACCACCCGUUGCCUCAUCACCCGUAUCAGCAAAACCACAGCUUCCCAUGAAAAAGCAGCCACCAAAUCCUCCAAGAAGAAGAGACAGUGUAGGACUGAGAUCAAACCAACAAAACAGCUUGAUGACAAACGGUGGCAGUGCAGGGGGGCAACCUGAUUUUAUGUCCGACUUAAUGAGUGCACUGCAGAAAAAGAGAAGCACCACGACCUAGACUGAUCUUUGCACUUCCUGCAGAAAUUAUCAGCAUUUCAAAGGACU